UUGGCGCGAAUCCGCGGGGAAUUCGAACGAGGAGAAUAAAAAGUUCCCGCGGCCCCCCAUGGCUUUCUCCCAUCCUCCCUCCCGACGCGAGCGGCUGGCUAGGGUUCGUUUCGUGGUUUGUUGCUUCGUUUGGGAUAUCUGGAUUACAGGAUUCGGAUUCUGGCGCUUGUUUUCCGGUGCGGAGGUGAAGACGGCCUGGAGGCGGAUGGUAGAGCUAUCUUCUCCAAGUUUAGAAUGGUUGAAGGGAUACUGAAGAAGCAUAAGGAUUUCUGAUUUAUUUGUGUAUUCUAUGAGUGUUGAAUCUAUGGCUUUCAAACAAAAGAAGCGAGUGAAGAACACAAAGAACAAGUACCUAAAACCUGGUGCGCUUGCUCAGAUCCGAUAUAGCAGGAGCUCAAGCAAAUCGUGCACGGAUAUUGGGAAGAAAAGGAUCGUGUUGCAGUCAGAGAAGGCGGAGAUUGAUCUGCUUAAUCGGGAUGAGGUCAUUCAGAGCGAUUCACCGAUCGUGUCUCCCAUUAGGGUCAGCUCUCAUCUCGCAAUAGAUGAUGCUAAGCAGCAGAAGCUUCCUCUGACACCUAAAACACCACAGAGUGUAGAUUGUGAUAGUCAAUCAAGACUCGAAUCUCUUCCUAUGGAUAUUCUGGUCAAAAUCCUCUGCCACCUGCAUCAUGAUCAGCUACGAGCUGUUUUCCAUGUUUCCCAGAGAAUUCGAACAGCUGUACUACUGGCCAGGCAAUUGCAUUUCAAUUACACGACCCCAGACCGGUCCAGGCAAGAGAUGCUCAACACCAAGACUCCGGUGCCGACCGAACAUUGGCCUUUUGUGAGGUACAUGACUCGAUGGACACAUUGCAGCUCGUCGUUCCUACUCAUUUCAUUCCUCCUCUUCUUCUCGGCUUACUACAUCCUUGUGGAUUUCCAGCAAGGCAGAUGGAAAGAGGCCAACCCCGCACACACCGAAAGCUCCAAGACACGGCCCUCGUCCUCGCCUUCACCUGAUGGAUAUGAGGCAGAUCGCAGCUGUCCUGUUCCAGGAGUCGACACUCCGUCCGGGGCGAAUCAUGCCACCGGGUCUGCCGAGGCCAAUCUUCAAGCCCGUAGCUUCCACUCGAGUUCUGUUCUACGAGGACGAGCUGUGUCAGGCAGUAGCCCAGAAUAA